AUGGUGAGUUCUUGGAAACUUGGCCAGGCUACUAUCCCAAGUGCCAGUAUCCUCCCCUCUGCUCCCCGAGAUGUGGUCCCUGUUUUGGUCUCCAGUCGGUUUGUCCGUCUCAGCUGGCGUCCACCUGCAGAAGCUAAGGGAACCAUCCAGACAUAUGCUGUGUACUUCUCCAGGGAAAGUGUGAACAGGGAGCGAGCUUUGAACACAUCGCAGUCUGGGGUUCUUCAGCUCACAGUAGGAAACCUGAAACCAGAAGAGACCUACACUUUUCGAGUGGUGGCAUAUAAUGAAUGGGGACCAGGAGAAAGUUCACAGCCCAUCAAGGUGGCCACACAACCUGAAUUGCAAGUUCCAGGACCAGUAGAAAACCUACGGGCUAUAUCUACUUCACCUACCUCAAUACUUAUUACAUGGGAACCCCCUGCCUAUGCAAAUGGUCCAGUUCAAGGUUAUAGACUAUACUGUACAGAAGUAACUACUGGAAAGGAACAGAAUAUAGAAGUUAAUGAUCUAUCAUACAAGUUGGAAGGGUUGAAGAAAUUCACAGAAUACACCCUACGAUUUCUGGCUUACAAUCGCUAUGGACCUGGAGUAUCAUCGGAAGACCUGACAGUCAGGACCCUUUCGGAUGUUCCAAGUUCUAUGCCUCAGAACGUCACCUUGGAAGUGGUGAACUCAAAGAGCAUCAAAGUGAGUUGGCUACCUCCACCUGCAGGAACACAAAAUGGAUUUAUCACUGGCUAUAAAAUCCGACACAGAAAGACAGCCCGUAGGGGUGAGAUAGAAACACUGGAGCCAAACAACCUCUGGUAUCUGUUCACAGGUCUGGACAAAGGAAGCCAGUACAGUUUCCAGGUGGCAGCUAUGACAGUCAAUGGAACAGGUCCCUCCUCAGACUGGUAUACUGCAGAAACUCCAGAGAGCGAUCUUGAUGAAUCUCAGGUUCCUGACCAGCCAAGCUCUCUUCAUGUCAGGCCUUUGUCCACCAGCAUCGUAAUGAGCUGGACACCACCACUGAAUCCAAACAUCGUUGUACGUGGAUACAUCAUUGGCUAUGGUGUGGGCAGCCCAUACGCCGAGACAGUGCGAGUGGACAGCAAACAGCGAUACUAUUCCAUUGAACAUUUGGAACCCAGUUCCCAUUAUGUCAUCUCUUUGAAAGCUUUUAACAAUGCUGGGGAGGGAGUCCCUCUUUACGAGAGUGCUACCACCAGAUCUCUGACAGAUCCCAUUGACCCAUUAGAAGUUGAUUUUUAUCCUUUGCUUGAUGAUUUCCCUACCUCAGUCCCAGAUAUCUCCACCCCCAUGCUCCCACCAGUAGGUGUCCAGGCUGUGGCGUUAACCCAUGAUGCUGUGAGGGUCAGCUGGGCAGACAACUCUGUCCCCAAGAAUCAAAAGACAACUGAGGUUCGAUUUUACACCGUCCGAUGGAGAACCAGCUAUUCGACAAGUGCAAAAUACAAGUCAGCAGACACAACAGCCUUGAGUCAUACAGUAUCGGGUCUUAAGCCCAAUACCAUGUAUGAGUUCUCGGUCAUGGUCACGAAAGGUCGAAGGUCAAGCACAUGGAGUAUGACAGCUCAUGCUACUACAUACGAAGCAGCCCCAACAUCUGCUCCCAAGGAUUUGACAGUCAUUACUCGUGAAGGCAAACCUCGGGCUGUAAUUGUCAGCUGGCAGCCUCCAUUAGAAGCCAAUGGGAAAAUUACAGCUUACAUCCUUUUUUACACCUUGGACAAGAAUUCCCCUAUUGAUGACUGGGUCAUGGAAUCCAUCAGUGGCGAUCGGCUUACGCACCAGAUUAUGGACCUCAAUCUGGACACUGUCUAUUACUUUCGAAUACAAGCGCGUAAUGCCAAAGGCGUGGGGCCUCUCUCUGAUCCUAUUCUCUUCCGGACUCUGAAAGUGGAGCAUCCUGACAAAAUGGCUAACGAUCAAGGUCGUCAUGGAGAUGGGGCCUACUGGCCAGUUGACACAAACUUGAUUGACAGAAGCAGCCUUAAUGAACCCCCCAUUGGACAAAUGCAUCCUCCACAUGGGAGUGUCACACCCCAGAAAAACAGCAACCUUCUUGUUAUUAUCGUUGUCACUGUUGGAGUUGUGACUGUGGUGGUAGUGGCAAUUGUGGCUGUGAUUUGUACUAGGCGAUCUUCAGCACAACAAAGGAAAAAGCGUGCUACUCACAGUGCUGGCAAGAGGAAGGGCAGUCAGAAAGACCUGAGACCUCCAGAUCUUUGGAUACACCAUGAAGAGAUGGAAAUGAAGAAUAUUGAAAAGCCGUCAGGUUCUGAUCCAUCAGGAAGAGAUUCGCCAAUGCAAAGCUGUCAGGACAUCACCCCAGGCAACCACAGCCAAUCUGAAACCCAGAUGGGAAACAAGAGUGCCUCACAGUCUGCUCCUGACACAGAAGAAGUAGGAAGCAGUAUGUCCACAUUGGAACGGUCACUGGCAGCCCGCAGAGCAACACGUGCCAAACUCAUGAUUCCUAUGGACACACAACCCAGCAAUCCUUCUGUAGUCAGUGCCAUCCCAGUGCCAACAUUAGAAAGUGCUCAGUAUCCAGGAAUCCUGCCUUCACCCACAUGUGGAUACCCACAUCCUCAGUUCACUCUCCGACCUGUGCCAUUCCCAACACUGUCAGUUGAUCGAACUUUUGGGACAGGAAGAACAGUGAGCGAAGCACCAGCCCCUCAGCAGACAUCCAUGUUACCACAAGCACAGCCUGAACAUCCCAGCAAUGAGGAUGCUCCAAGCAGGACAAUUCCCACAGCAUGUGUCCGGCCUACACAUCCUCUCCGCAGCUUUGCUAACCCCUUGCUACCUCCGCCAAUGAGUGCAAUAGAACCGAAAGUCCCUUACACACCGCUUUUAUCUCAAACAGCACCCAGCCUUCCCAAGGCUCAGGUUAAGACAGCAUCACUUGGACUAGCUGGAAAAGCAAGAUCUCCUCUGCUUCCCGUCUCAGUACCGACCGCUCCAGAAGCAUCAGAAGAGGGUCACAAACAAACAGAAGAUCCUGCAAAUGUAUAUGAACAGGAUGAUCUGAGUGAACAAAUGGCUAGUUUGGAGGGCCUAAUGAAGCAACUUAAUGCCAUCACAGGCUCAGCCUUCUGAAAGCUUUGAAUGAGGAAUAGAAGAAUGGAGUUACCCAGGAACAUUGCAGCAUACCAGCGUUUCAAACAUACCACCACUCAAAGUCCUCAUCUGCUAUAAAGCCAACCAACACACCAUCAAACCCCAUUCUAAGGAGGGAUCUUACAGUCUGAAAAUAAAAUUGUGUGUUCAUACAGAUCCAGCAACAGUCUGACAUAAAGAUGAAUGAGAAACAUUGGGAAGCAAGAAACAAGAUGUCUGCACAAUAGCCCACACCUCUUGGUGGUAGUUUUGUUCUUCUGGUCUCUCAGGGGGGAGAGGAGUCAUAGCUUAGGCCUGUUUGACAUAUUAUCCUGCUGCUAACAUUUUGUGGCUCUUAAUUACCUUACUUGCAUGUGAGAGGUACAACCAAUGUUGCCCAAAAUGAAAUUCAAAGUAAAAUGUGGGAUUAUGCUUCCUUGGGGGAAAUUCCUAUGAACCCUUGAGGAAAAUAAGACAUAUUCUUCAUGCAGUGUCUUCUCUUUGAUACAUUGUCAAUAAUACUUCCCAGAUAUUUUUUUAAAAAAAAUCAAACACUUCAGACUUUCUAAAGACAAACUCUAUCAGUGAAGUCCAUUUGCAAUUAUAUCUGCAAAUCCACCGAACAUGUAAUGGACCACCUCUGGUCCCUGUACUUAUGCUGUACUCAUCCUUUCCUUUCACUAGGCCUCUCCAUUCCCCCAAAUUUACCUUUGUGAAUUUGCGGGAGUCGGAAAGCAGAAUGUAUUUAUAGAAACAGUAAAGAUUUAUAGUCUGAGAAUGUGUGCAGGGCAUCUGUUAAGGACAGACAGCCUGGACCAAGUAGAUCCCAUUGCACCUCACUUCCAGCAUUAAUAACUGUUCUACAUAAAUGUCCAGGUAGGAGUGUCUUGAGUUUUAAAUUGUGGUUGGUGCCCCAAUUGCAAAUUCUCCUUCCAGCUAUUAUCAUCCAUUCAUAGAGGUACUCUUUGGGCAAGUGGAGAGAUUGGAUGGACUUCUCCCAGUGCAUCAGCAUAAUCACUUCUGCUAAUUCUUAUGGUAGUCAUGAUGGGAUAAGAUAUCACCAAGUAAGCUUUCAAAAAAUCUAAGCUAAUUAUGAGCUUGUCCAUCCAUCACAAAUUGCCACUGGACCUUUUAAAAAAUAAAAUUAGAAGCAAACCUGCUGUUUCUUCCUUCAGCUGAAUAUUACAAGAUUUUCUAAGGAAGCCAAAUGACAUUUGAUAAUACUAGCAACAUCGCUCAAAAUUUUGGAUACAUAUAAUACAAGUUUUAGCCAUCUAAUAUAAUUCUUCUGUAGUUUAAAUGAGCUCAAACCAUGUGGUUGCUGCUUCACACAAGAAACCAAGUAGGUCCGUUUCUCAGCCACAAUGACACCAUCAUGGUAAUAUGUGAAGCAGGUCUUGGAGGACAUUAUUUCCUUGUUAGACAGGUUUGUAAUUUCAUGCUGUAGACCCUACAAGAGCAUUGUGACAUGCAUCUCAAGCCACUGUGAAAUCAUAUGCAAUACGUUACUCCUCUUCUUUGUUUUUCUUCAUAAUUUCAGUGUGAAAUAUCAGCACAUGGCACCAAAGGGGUGGAAGUAUUCUCAACAGCACAAAAAAAUGAAUGCCAAUAUAGUAAUGUUCACACACAUAAACACAUAUAUCAGUCACAUAACAAGUGGUAGCCAUUUUUGAGAGAGAGGUUAAUCACUUGUGCAAAUCUCCUCAUAGCUACAUAUAUGCUUGAAUGGAGUUUAUGAGUAUUGCAUCUUUGGCAGGCUGCUAGUGUCUGUAUGCAUCUGACACCAGGUCUAAUAUAUAAUCAUUUAGUUCAAAAGAACAGAAGAGAGGCAAGUAAUACACAUGUGCUACUGAUGUUUUGCUCUGUAUGUGUGUAUGUGUCAUAACAUGCUCCCUGCAGUAGCAACACGACAGACAAUGUCUGCAAUUGACAUGCCUCUACUUCAUCCUAAUGCAAAACUGCUCAGUUUCAUAAGUCUGCAGCACAGCUUCCAAGGAAGACAGCUUCUUCACGUUAAAUCAAGUGUUGAGGUUUGUCAUGUUCUAGCAAUUCCAAGUUGUAAGCAGUGAGCUAAAAAGACAGAACAGAAACUGGAUCAUGAGAUUUGCUGUGCCAGCAAAUAAGUCCCUUGAAUAGGAUGAGAAGAUCAUGUCACAAAGUAUGACAUUUUGCCUGCAUUCAGAGGCAUUUCACGCAGUACAAAUGUUUACAGACAAGCUACCAGAAUGUUAGAGAAGAAGAGGGAAAGGAGAAGUCUUUUCACAAAAAUGUUUUCAUGCUGCUAUCAGACAGUGGAAAGCAAAACUGGCUCUUACCAUUUACAUCAGGAUUUGGAUUAGAAACGUAAAUGAUUGCUUUCCUCUCACUCCCAUUCCAGUAUUCUGGUUUUUUAUUGCUGUGUUUUUCCAUUGACAUCCAGAACUGGUGACAUGAACAAAACGUUGUGUGCACACUUCUCAUUGCUGUAGUUGCUGCAUUCAUUCAGAGUUAAUCCCUGUUUUUGCAGGCAAAUCACCAAAAGGCAACUACAUUUGCAUAUUUAUCAGCUAUGAGGCUGCGAAAACCCAAUGAGAAGGUUUCAGCUGAGUUAUUACAUUCAGCACUGUCUUUGAUUUCAAGCCUGAGUAGGUCAUAAUUUUAAAAGAGCAUGGAAGGGAGAGAGGAUCUUUACAUCCUAAUAGCUCCUUUUAUUAGGAAGGUAAUUAUAUGUGAAUUCCUGAAUAAAAUAUUUGGAAUAAAAAUGGCACAGCAUCAGAAGUAAAAAAAAACAACAACAACCAGCAAGCUUAAAAAAUACACUGUCAUAUUGGGUAGGAGAUUAUAGAGGUUGAAGAGAAAAUUCAGAUGCUUCAUUAGAAACGCAUGCGUAAUUGCAGAAAUGUCCCUUUUCCCCUGCCCCCACCAAGCUGUUUAUUCAAUUUUGUUUAGAAUUUAAAGGCAACAUUUUCUAAUAACUAGGCAGCCUUAUUUAUUAUGGGAGGUUCUGUCAACCAGUUGGCAAUGGCACUCAUGUGCAUCCAAUUGUAUGGAUACUGCACAGCUCAGUCUCAUGUUUAAACAAAAGCAAGACUGAUAAAAUUAUUUUCCCAAUUUGGCAAGUACAAAAAAAAAAAUCUGGGAAUUUUGAGUAAAUUCAUAAGACUGAUUUCUGGUGUUCUGUACCUAUCGGUAAAUCUGAACCUGGAUUCAAAUGGGCAAGAGCUGAAGAAUCAGCCAUGCAGGAAUGUUAUCAAUUUAAAGUGUUCCUUUUCAAUUCUCUGUGUAGUCCCAUCCCUGUGCUAUAUCUUAAGAACUUUCUGACAUUCUAGUCUGAGAGUGUUCCCAUUCUUAUGUAGGGAACAUGGGUGCAUAAGACCUAUCCAUCUGCCCAUGCUCUAAGCACUUUCUCACUCAGUUAUCUUCUGACCUCUGUAGAAACUGUGUCUUGGAGGUGAGUUAGGUUUUUUCUUUUUUCAAAAAAAAAUCUUCUUACAGAGCUACAAAUUGCCAUCUUUCUUUUGUUGGGUCGCUUUACUGUUUUGAGGAGGUAGAUGUUUCGUCUUACUUUGUUUUAUUUCUGCUUUUUUAUUGAUUGAACAAUUGAACAAACUAUCGCUUUAUGGCAAAGUGGAGCAUUUUGAAUAAAUACCAAAGUCCCAGGUUCUAGUGUCUUGCAUGGGCAAGAAAAAAACAGUGUUGAUAGUUAACAUAAUAACCAAACAUGGAGAAAACACUCAAUUGGAUUUUCUUUAUUCUCAGUGGACAAGAAAGGACUUGGGAUGGAAGGCAUGUAACAUUCCAUGAAUUUAAAGUAAUGUCUACUUCUAAAGCCUAAAGAAAUGUUUGGUUCUCAUCCACUGCACUUCAGCCUGUCUUGUAUUAAGGACCUUCAGCAAUGACAAGUUAUUUAGCAUUCAGACUAAUGAUGAUCUUUAAUAUUGUAGAAGUUCAAAGUCACUGCCUGUUAUAUGGAAGAUGCCACCACAUUCUGUCGAGUAGAAAGAAAGAUAUAGACACUUCCCCAAAGCCCUUCACACCGCCAGCCAGCUAUAAAUUGGCUAUGAAAAUUAUACAGGGAGUAUCAAAGUCCAAAGAACAAGUCUUCCUGUUCAGGACCUAAAUAUAUAGUAUUUUGUUUUCCCUUUCUAAGGCAAACUCAUCCUUUCCCAUUCAAAAACAGAUUCUGACAUUUUCCCGUAAAAUGGAAUGCCUGUCGUAUGAAGGGGUGGGUACUGUUCCAUUGUUAUUCAGAUUAGGCUAUUCCAUUGAAAUCAAUAUGAUUUCAACACAAAAUACCUAUCUUAAUCUGGUAUUGUUUAUAAAUGUGCAAACCACUGAACCAGAAUUUAUACAUACAACAGGCAUUGUACUCCUAUUAUCUCAUUGUCCAGAAGAGAGAAAAUGAUUUUCAAUCCAUUCUCAAUACCUGUUAAUUUCAAAAUUUGUUGAGAUUUAGAACAAUUUAUCUGACAGAUCUCCUACUCCUCAAAGAAUUCUUAUGUUUCGUCCUCAUUGUUUUCUGUGCUUUAUUGAGAUGAAAGAUCUUAGAAUCAAAUCAUACCAUUUGAUCUGUCCAUGAUACUGAGUUUUCAUAAAGUGUAUGACAGGCAUAGCUAUUUUUCUGAAUUGCAAGAAGCAGUCAGUUUUGCUUAUAUUUAUUAUUGACUUCUUAUUGGGCAUUUCCCAUCAUCCUGUAUGCAUCAUCACUUCAUUCUUGACCUUUUUGAUUGGUCUCAAUAUAUGCUUCAGGACUGAUAAAGAACUGAAUUCACUGAGCUCAUUCUACAUGUACUUCACAAUUGUGCCUUGCACCCUCAAACUGAGCCUCAUUGAGCUUGUGCAUCCUAAUUUGAUCUGUAUUUUUUUAGUCUUCUCUGAGUGGUUAUUUGUGUUGUCGCAUAAUCCAUUUCUUGCCCUGAUGAUGUUACUUAUUAAAUAUACUAGCUACUGUUCUAGAUGAGAAAGAAGUAAGUGGUGACGUGAUUCCUCUACACUCCAGAGCAUAUGCAUAUGGCCAGAUCCAAAUCCCAGUUAACUGUGUGCCAAAUCUCUGAACAGAGUUUUAGAACAUUCCAGAGAUUAUUUACAUGGGUGCAGAACCUCCUUGACCAAAUCAAGCUUGUAAUUCAAAGACAACUCUUACCAGAAAUACAUAAACAAGUUGUGUCUGAUUGUAGAAAAUGAAUGCAAAAUGUGUGAUUAUUCAUUCAGUACAUAAUUCCUAUCCAUAAUGUUUAUGUACUGUUAAAGGCUACCUUGUUCCUAUUCAAAGUAUUCACAUCCCCACUGAUUAGUAAUAGCUAAAGUAGCCAUGUAGCAGUAGCUCUGAAUGAGAGGGGGAAAUGAAAAACAACAUUCUAUGUUCUCUUGGAGAUACUCCAUUGAGGCUACAUUAUGGUGAGGGCCUGCUUUAUUGAAUAUAAGGACUACUUUUCAUAUUAGUUGCAUUUUAAUACCUCAGUAGGAAAGGACACAUAACCUACCUGACCAGUAUUUACUGUCGGACAGAAAAAAAUCACAAAUAGGUUCGCACUGGUUUGAAGAGCCAGCAUAUGACUUCCCAUGUACAGUCUUCAUGAGCUGUGUUACAUUCUUUCAUCUUAAUGGAAAUCACAAAGAGAGACAUUUUCAACAUGUCCUAUUCCUUUCCUUAACUGUGGUUUUAUGAUGCUGUUAAGGAAGAGUGGUUUUCAAAAUGGCUCUAAGGUAGCCACAUCCAUAAUAGCAGAUUCUGUGACUGACUAGUUCAAACAGAAUCUGAGGUUGGUUUUUUGCUAGCUAUUUUAGCAUUGUUCAAUUUUUCAAUCAUCCCUCCUCCUAAUACCCCUUCUUUCCCUCUCCUCCUCCCUUUUAAAAAAAUAUUUCCCUCUCCUUGAGACUAGUAAUAACAGCUUGGUAUGAAUAUGCCAUAGAGCCACCGGGCCAAUGUUAUCUCACUGUUAUGCUGUAAAUGUCUUGAUGAAGAGUGAGGAAGUGAUGCUGGUAGAUAGAAGGAACAAUGCUGUUUUUAUUAUUGUAAAAUAGAUCUGGCAAUUCCUACCUUUGUGAAUUGCCAUCAUGUUUGGG